GGACUUUCAAGUUUCACUUUCGAUUCGACUGUGAUAAAUUAUCAAUUUCGUACUGAUCGGUUGUGGACAAAUUUUUUAAUGAUAGUGGCUGUUUGAUCAGUGUGAAGAUAUGUUUAUGUACAAAGAAUUUAUAAACGUUCUUUUCAGUUGAACUCAAAAGAUGUUGAUUUAAAGAGUUAUCUACAAAUGCUGUGAUGGGAGAAAAAAAGAAUCAAGAUUUAUCAUCAAAAUUACAAAGAAACAAUAUGCCAUUGAAAGACAUAUUCCAGAAAAAGACAGAGAAUUCAUCAAGCUUCCUGUCUGAUGUUUGGAAACCUCGUUAUAAGGAUGGAAAUCAAAUCACAGAAGAUAAUGAUGAGGCAAAUCACCAUAAUAUCCGAAAAGAUGGAAAAAAUCAUACAAGGACAACAAAGAACUGUUUACAGGUGCAAGAGGUGUUUGAAAAUAAUUGUGAUGAUAAAAAGAAGAGAAAUGUUUCUUGUCACUGUGGUAGAAGAACCUGUCCUUUAAAUAUGAUAAAUAGGCUAAAUAGGGAAGACCCUCCUGAAAAAAGAAUCGUCAAUGACUUUGAAAUGAUGAAAUCAUUUAAAGCAUCAGAUGGAACACUUCCAUUUCGUUUGUUUUCAUUAAUAUUGUUUGGAGGUGAACGUGAUAAUAAACGUCCAUUAUCAUCUGAUGAUGACUCUUAUGAACAAAGAAGUAAAGAUUUUGGGUCAUUUCCUACAAGGCAACUUUUAAAUGAAGUUUUUUCUGGUUUGUUUGAAGGAAAAUCGAAAACAUUGGAUGAGAAAAAAAAAGAGAAUACCAAGAAUCAGAGUAAAGAUUUCAAAUUUCCAAAACCUUCAAGACCACCUCCAAAACCACCUAGAAAGACUGAAAGAAAACUACAGUUAUCAAUUUCUAUUGAUGAAGAUGAGAAAACUAAAAAUGAUAAGUCUUUGAAUACAUGUGAAAAGUCAGUGAUUUAUAGGGUAGAUCAUUUCAACAAUGGUAAAUCUACUGAAGAUGAUGAUUCAGUUGAAGUCAGUGACACAGGUAGUAUUGAUAGAGUCAUUACAGUUGAAAAUAAAUUAAGCAUUUCGAUGGAUUGUAGUCCCCAUAGUUUAUCAGAGAAUUCCAAACAGAAGAAGCCAGAUUUCAGUCAGUCAUUUCCAGCCAGUGGAAACAGCAAGUCCAGUCUUGACAAAGAUAGUAACUCAGGAUUUAGUCCGUCAUUUCCAGCCAGUGGAAACAGCAAGUCCAGUCUUGACAAAGAUAGUAACCCAGGAUUUAGUCAGUCAUUUCUAGCCAGUGGAAACAGCAAGUCAAGUCUUGACAAAGAUAGUUACCCAGGAUUUAGUCAGCCUUUCACUAGUGAUUUACGAAGUGAGGGUGAAUCCUCAAAAAAAUCUGCAGAUGAUUCUAAAACUUCAGGAUCUGGUCAGAAAAAAUUAGGAUCUGAAAAAAAUAGUUCUGGUUUGAAAACUGACCCUUGUGAGUCUGUAGGCAAUGUGGAUGAUACCCCUCCCUACAAGAGCCAACAGAGUAACACAUUCGUCAGCCAUGAAACAGAUGACUUUGAUGAUCCACUGGAUGAUAUAUUUGGUCCAGAGUGUGGUCCUGAGCUUGAGGAAUUUCCUGACCUACUUAAUCAUGAUGUACCAGAGGAAUACUGUGCCUCUCCUGCAAUUGAAAAUCCUUCUUUACUGCCUACAGACCCUCAGACAUUACUGGAAGAACACAUGCAUCAUUGUCCUGCAGCAGCACAUCAUCACAAUGUUUGUUGUAAAUGUAACCAGUUCACAAAGAAUCAACAUAUGCUAUAUGAGUUAGCCAUAACUGAGGGUUUAGAAAUGCACGAUGUUGUCCCUGAUGGAAAUUGUAUGUUCAGAGCAAUCAUUGACCAACUGAGAAUGCAGGGGGAGCUAACUCUGACAUGUCAUCGUAUCAGACAGAGGGCAGUUGAUUAUCUGAAGAAUAAUCCUCUCCAGGAUGAUGGUACUCAUCUGGAAGAUUUCUUUGUUGCUGAAGAUGAAUCCUGGGAAGAAUAUCUAAAGAGAAUAUCUAGGGAUGGUGAAUGGGGAGAUCAGAUUAUACUGAGAGGAUUAGCAGAAGUUGUAAACAGAGAGAUUUCCAUCAUAACUACAAUUGGUGAUUUACACAAUCAGACGUCCAUAACACCUAAAGUUGCAGACAAAGACAAGGUCAAAACGAUAUAUUUGGGUCAUGUGAAUGAUCAGCAUUACUACAGCUUAAGACCAAAAGGAUGGCAUAACCAGUGGUACAGAGAUGCGAGAAGGAAGCAAUUAUCAGAUUCUAGUCAGUCCCAUAGCAAUGCUUUAGAAGAACAGAGUAUUUCUUUGGAAGAGUCGUCUUCAGAAGAAGAGUUGACAUUGCCAUGCAGACCAAGUAAACUAAUAAAUUGCAGCUCUCAGUACAUCGAUACAUACAGUCGUGUUCCAAUUUUUCAUAUGAAUUUCAUUAUAGAGAAUGUGCUACCAAAGAUUAAUAUUUACACACCAUAUAGAUUUUAUGGGGGAAAAACUUGUAUAGUACCAAUUAGUUGUCAGAAAAAAUGGGAAAUAGCAGGUAGUUGUGAAGAAGGACUUUCUGUGAAUGUAUAUACAUCAAGUCUUCAGAAUGAACGUGGAAUGGGGAAUGAAAGCUUAAAUGCAGUAAAAGUAUCUAAUCUUCCAAAUCUAUUUAAACAAAUUGGAAAGCCGAAUUUGGUAUUCAAAGAUGACUCUUAUAAAUCGAAGAGUAAAGUUGCUAUUAUAGACUCUGAAAAUACUAGUCCUGGAUUUACUCAUGUUAGAUCACCAAAACACAAUCCACAGAUUUUCUACAAGGAAGUAAACGGAACAUACUUCUUAUCAAAUACAUCCUUUCAUUCUGGAAUGAAUGCAAAUGGAACAUUGAAAAUCAAAAGAACCAUACGCUUCAAAGACCCAUUUCUUAUUUUUCAGAAAGAGGCUUGCAUGAUUUAUUAUUAUGCUAAAUGUCCCAAAUGGCCAAAAGAAGCAAGUGAGUGGGUUUUAAGGAAAAGGCCCAGCGGUUGGCCAGACACAUCUUUGCUUGAGGAGACCCUGAAAGCUCCUUGUCUUCUCACGCCAAAAUACCAUCCGUUCAGUAAAAACCCUGAUAUUGAAUGGAUGUUUGAUUUCUCAUUCCCUGAAACAUUUCUUCUCAAAGGUAACAUAUCAAAAGAACAGAAAUACUGCUUUCAUGUGUUCAAACUUUUAAUAGACUUUCAUACAGGUCGAAGAAUAGAGUUAUCUACCUUUGUUCUCAAAACCAUCUUCCUAUACACAUUAGAAGUUAUACCUUGCCAGCAAUGGGAGACUUGUCCGUCAGCAUGCAUGCUUUAUAUGACAGAAACCUUACUGUCAAGUUUGAAGGAAAAGAAAAUUCCCCAUUACUUCAUUCCUGAAAACAACAUUAUUUCACAUUUAAAUGGUACAAUUCUUUAUCAUUUGAUAGAAAAAGUAAAUGUUGUGCGUGAAUUUCCCAUCAUGUCAGUUAUUCUGAUGGCAGAGGGUCAUGGUUUAAUGACCACAUAUAUCACCGAUCAAAUUAUUGAAGAUUUAAAUCACCUCUCGGAUUUAAGCAAUAUUCAUGAUUCAGUUCUAAAUACAUUCAUUCCUGCUUAUGCUCAAAUAACAGUCACCUCUCUUGCCCAUCAAAAAUUCCGCCAAGCAGUUACUGCAGUUACCACUGGAUAUAGAAUGUUGCAAGACCUUCCACGAUGUAGUGAUGAUGUUUAUAAUCCCUAUGAAAAUAUGUCAUUAGAAAUGUUCAUCAAGGAAACUACCGAUGGGAUGAAAAUGUUUCAGGUUUGGUGGCUGUGUUUCUUUGUGGAUCUCUUUAAGAAGAAAAAUACUUUGGCAUCAUUUACAAGAACCAAUCCUUUCAAAAAAAUCAGUGAUCUCAUGGAUGAUUGUCCUCCAGGUGACCUUGAUGCUGUAUCUGUCCCAAAAUGGAUUUUACAAAGUUAUCGUUAUGAAUACGAUUACAAGCAAUUGCGAGAUUUUGGAUUUGUUUUAAUACUGUGUACAUAUUUAAUGCAAGAAGGGGAAUAUGGUCUGGCAGGACAUUAUUUGAGGGGACUUGUCAAAAUGAUUUCUAAAAUUUUUAAUGAUCCUGAUGCAAUAAUGGCAGAAGUAUUACAGAAUCCAAUGGUUGCACAGUCAAAGGAGAAAAACAUUGAUUAUCUUAUGCAAGCUUUUAUAACUGGGAUGUCAUCAAGUUUAUUCUUAAUUUUACAAAAUCUGUUCACAUGUUAUGUGAAACAAGGACAGACAGAAUAUUUUCAAGAGUAUAUUGAACAAUUUGAAUCCGUCUGUAAUAACAUGGCCACACCCUCUUCAUUUACUGUUCUUGCUGAUAUCUGGAGAUCAUUAGGAAAUACAAAGAAGAUGAAGGAGGCUUUAGAACAAUUUGAAACCAUAAAAACUUAAGAACAGCAAGUGUAUUAUAUUACAUGCACAAAAAAUGUGAGAGAAAAAAAUCUGCAAUUAAAUCUUUUUUAUGAGAGGAAAACCAUAAAUUAAAUUAAGCAUCAUUUUCAUCUUUUUUUGACUAGAUAUUUAGAAAAAAAAGUUUUAAUGAAAUCAAGUGCAGAAUUUAAGAAAUUAUUAAACUUCAAAAUAAUUUUCAAAUCACAAUUCCAAGGUAAUCAGUAUCAUCAUGAAAAGGUUUCAGACUACCUAUUCACCUACUUCAAUUUAGAACAUAUGUAAAAGAUGCCCUUCCCUGACAAAAAAGUGCUUUUGAUGUCAUUAUUUACUUAAACUAACUAACAAAUUUGCAGAAAUGAAACUUUUGAUUAGAAAGAGAAAUAUAUGUAGACCAUUUUGAUACAAAUUUAUUUGUCCAUGAUUUUGCAUUAAAAAUUGAGGAUUAAGGCACUCCAUAUUAUACUUGUAUAAGAUUUCCAGAAAACCAGGGGUUAUUUGUAGUUGCAGUUGAGUUCUGAAGGGUGGUAUUUCAUUGCAAGACUUUAAACAAUUUGGUUGAAAAUUGGCAUAUAGAAAGGUGAUACAUGUAAAAUUCAGAUUAUACCUGGUUUCUAUGAAGUUAAACUUAAGGUGAAAUAUUUAGAAAGCUGUGAAAAUUGAAAAAUUUGAUUGAUUAUAUAGGGGAUUUGAAAUGGUGGUCUGACACCAAAUGAUCACACUUAUCAAUAUAUAAGAACUUUGGAAAUUACCAUUAUAUAUACAGUAUGCACUAAGAAGAAUGAUCAAGUCUACAGCUGUGAAUUCAGAAAUUUUGUUUUUAUUAUUGCAAAAAAUUUCAACUGGAUAGGUUUCAUAUAACUAAAAAAUUGCAUUUUUAAUUUUGAUAACUAUUUGUAUGAAACAUUUCCUAUAAUUGUAGUAAUUAUUAUUGUAAUAUAGGUACAAAAUUUAAUUGCAUGAAUAUUAUCCAUAGUAGAUAUUCAUUAUUAUUGCGCUAGCUUACAAGUGCAAUACAUAUUGUUUGAGGGAUAAUAUUCACCAAUAUUCAUCCAAUAAACCUUUUAUUGUACAAAUGUAUUGCAAAGCUUGAAAAACUGUUUAAAACAAUUUUAGUGUCAUAAAUGACAUUACAUUGUCGUGCUGUUUAAAAGGUUUUAUUUAUCUAUUAUACUUUCACUAAAAUGUGAAAAAGGGGUAAAAAAAAUCAUUCAAGGGCAAUAACUUAAUUCUUCGUUGUUUGACAAUUUUUGUUAUGUUGAAUUAUUUGUAGAUCUUGUGUUGCUGGUCAUAUCUUAACUUUAAAAUUUGACUCUAUCUAUCAUAGUUUUCAAGAUAAUUGGCAACAACAAACAUUAGUAAAAACCAGCACUAAAUAAGGCAAACGACUCCUAGCUAGAAGUCUGACAAUUUUUGUUGAAAUAGACAGUAAUAUGUAAAUCUUGAUAUUUUGAACAUUUUUGCCCUGUCAGUUUUUCUCUUUAUAUAAUGGUUUCCAAAAUAAAGGACAAUAUUUGCAUUUUACUCCAAUGUUCUAUUUUUUGGGUGGCCAGCAGAUUCAUCAGACAUAUUUUAAACUAGAUACCCAAAGGAUUAGUGUGGCCAAGUUUGGUUAAAAAAAAUUUUUUGUUUUGUUUAAGUUAAUGAACGAUGACGACGACAGACGAGUGACACAAAGAGAUGGCAAAAGACAUCUCAUCAGUGACAUUAACAAUAAAAGCAUGUAACAGUGACGCUUGAAAAUUAAAUUUUACAUAGGGAGCUUAUUCUAUUUCUAGUACCGGUAGUUUUUUUGGUCGGCCACGAUCCAUAUCUAACCUAGUGCCUCAUGACAUAGUUUUUUAUACGACCGCAAAAUUUUUGCGUUCGUAUAAAAUUAUGAUGUUGUCAUCAUCGUCGUCAUCUGAAGACAUUUGGUUUCCAGACAAUAACUUGAGAUUAAGUGUAUGUAUCUCUCUGAAAUUGUAACACAAGGUGCCAUACCACAAAAGUAAGGUUGGGAUUGAUUUUGGGGGUUAUUGUGGUAAAUGUUUAGAAAUUAGGGGCCAAAAACAAUCAAUUUUCUUAUUUCAGGACAAUAACUUGUGUAACAGUCUAUGGAUCUCUAUGAAAUUGUGCCACAAGGUUCCAUACCCAAGAAGGAAGGUUGGGAUUGAUUUUGGGGGUUAUGGCCCUAAUUAUUUAGGAAAAAAGAACCAAAAACAAUACUUUUCUGAUACUUUGUAUAAAUUGCUUAUUUCUUGACCAAUUUCAAUGUUUAAUUCAAAGUCAUGAAAUCUUGGGGUUUUUAGAUAUGCUGAAUGUAACCGUGUAUUUAGAUUUUGGUCCCCAUUUUUAAAUUGGUCCACAUUGAGGUCCAAAGGGUCCAAAAUUUAACUUCGCUUGAUUUAAGAAAAAAAUAGAAUUCAUGGGUUCUCUGAUAUACUGAUUUAGAUUUUUGAUUUUGGGACCGGUUUUCAAAUUGGUCCACAUUAAGGUCCAAAGGAUUCAAGAUUAAACUUAGUUUGAUUUUAACUGAAAUAGAAUUCAAUGGGUUCUUUGAUAUGCUGAAUCUAAACAUGUACUUAGAUUUUUGAUUUUUGGGCCCAGUUUUCAAGUUGGUCAAAUCUAGGUCCAUAAUUAAACUAAUUUUGAUUUUAACAAAAAUUAAAUAUGGGGUUCUUUAAUGUGCUGAAUCUAACCGUGUAUUAAGAAUUUGGAUUUUGGGCCCCUUUAUCAAAUUGGUCCACAUUGAGGUCCAAAGGGCCCAAAAUUUUUCGAAGGAAUUAUCGGUUAUUAAAAUGGUGAUGUAAGGCGGGCGUCUAGGCGGAUCUACGGGCGGCUGCCAAACAGUGUCAGCACAAUAACAUGAAAAUGCUUUAACAAAUUUUUUUCAAAUUUAAAUAUGUUGUUUCCUGGGACUUAAUGAAAGUCUAGUUCAAUUUUCAAGAUUUUAGUAUAUCUCCUUUGUGAGUUAUCGCCAUUUUUAAUAUCCAAAAGUAGAAUUUUUAAAUAUUUUACUCUUGUUAUCAUGUUAUGAUUUGUCUUAUCUCAGAAUAAAAAUUGGAGUGACAGAUUUAUUUGAAAAUUAUCUAUUUCCUAAGUGGUAAUGAUUAUAAGCUAUAUCAUUAGACAUUUUGAAGAUUAUUACAUUAUUAGUUAUGUUAGAGUACUACGUUAAACAACCAUAGUUCUGUUCAAUUAGAUAUUAGAAAUAUUUUAGCAUAUGAUAAUGAUUUAUUUUCAUUAUUAAUUAGAUCUGGGAAAUAUCUUAGCAUAUGAUAAUCAUUGGAGUGACAGAUUUAUUUGAAAAUUUUCUGUUUCCUGAUAAGAUCUGUAGGACUGUAUAUAUAAAGUUUGAAAUUUACUAGAAGGACUGUAUAAAUGAAGUUUGGAAUUUACUGUUCAUUAUUAGACAUUUUGUAGAUAAUUAAGUCUCCCUAAAUCAUGUAUAUUCUUACCCCCACCCCCCUUCAAUUUGAGAAUGUGCUUUUAUCUUGUAAACGGUCGAGAUCAUCACCCCUACACCAUAUAUAUUCUUGCAUGGGACAAUAAAACAAAUCAAAUGAAAUAAAAGGCGAGUCCCCUGGGGUCACCCUCAACCCCUUCUGUAUGAGAACUUGUAAACGGUCGAGAUCCCCACCCCUAAACCAUAUAUAUUCUUGUAUGGGACAAUAAAACAAAUCAAAUGAUAUAUAGGGGAAGUCCAGAGAGGUCACCCCCACCCCCCUUCUUUUUGCAAACUUGUAAACGGUCAAGAUCGCCACCCCGAAACCAUAUAUAUUCUUGUAUGGGACAAUGAAACAAAUCAAAUGAAAUAAAAGGUGAGUCUCCUGAGGUCAACCCCACCCCUUCCUGUUUAAGAACUCCUAAACGGUCGAGAUCCCCACCCCUAAACCAUAUAUAUUCUUGUAUGGGAAAUAAAACAAAUCAAAUGAAAUAUAGGGGAAGUCCAUGAGGGAACCCCAACCCCCCUUCUUUUUGAUAACUUGUUAACGGUCAAGAUCCCCACCCCAAAACCAUAUAUAUUCUUGUAUGGGACAAUAAAACAAAUCAAAUGAAAUUUAGGGGAAGUCCAUGAGGGUAACUCCCACCCCCCUUCUUUUUGAAAACUUGUUAACGGUCAAGAUCCCCACCCUGAAACCAUAUAUAUUCUUGUAUGGGACAAUAAAACAAAUCAAAUGAAAUAUAGAGGGAGUCCCUUGGUGUCACCCCGCCCCAUCCUGUUUUGAGAACUUGUAAACGGUUGAGAUCCCCAUCCCUAAACCAUAUAUAUUCUUGUAUGGGACAAUAAAAAAAGUCAAAUGAAAUAUAGGGGAAGUCCCUGGGUGUCACCCCUACCCCAUCCUGUUUUGAGAACUUGUAAAUGGUCAAGAUCCCUACCCCGAAACCAUAUAUAUUUUUUGUACGGGACAAUAAAACAAAUCAAAUGAAAUAAAAGGCGAGUCCCCUGGGGUCACUCCCACCCCCUUCCUGUUUAAGAACUUGUAAACAGUCGAGAUCCCCACCCAUAAACCAUAUAUAUUCUUGUAUAGGACAAUAAAACAAAUCAAAUGAAAUAUAGAGGAAGUCCACAGGGGUCACCCCACCCCCCUUCAUUUUGAAAACUUGUAAACGGUCAUGAUCCCCACCCCUAAACCAUAUAUAUUCUUGUAUGGGACAAUAAAACAAAUCAAAUUAAAUAUAGGAGGAGUCCCUGGGUGUCACCCCCACCCCAUCCUGUUUUGAGAUCUUGUAAACUGUCAAGAUCCCCACCCCGAAACCAUAUAUAUUCUUGUAAGGGACAAUAAAACAAAUCAAAUGAAAUAAAAGGCGAGUCCCCUGGGGUCACUCCCACCCCUUCCUGUUUAAGAACUUGUAAACGGUCGAGAUCACCACCCAUAAACCAUAUAUUCUUGUAUGGGACAAUAAAACAAAUCAAAUGAAAUAUAGAGAAAUUCCACAGGGGUCACCCCACCCCCCUUCUUUUGGAAAACUUGUAAACGGUCGGGAUCCCCACCCCUAAACCAUACAUAUUCUUGUAUGGGACAAUAAAACAAAUCAAAUGAAAUAUAGGGGGAGUCCCUUGGUGUCACCCUAACCCCAUCCUGUUUUGAGAACUUUUAGACGGUCAAGAUCCCCACCCCGAAACCAUAUAUAUUCUUGUACAGGACAAUAAAACAAAUCAAAUGAAAUAAAAGGUGAAUCCCCUGGGGUCACUCCCACCCCCUUCCUGGGAAUGACUAAUUAUGGGAGCCUUGUUUGGGGGACUUCGUAACAGAAUCAUGUUAUAAUUAUUUCUUGUAUUAAGUAAUUUUUUUUUAAAGUCGGAAAAAAAGUUAAACACCCAAUCUACACAUUUACAACCUAUUUGAAAUAUUACACAUCUACCGUUGCAAACUUUCCACAGGUGCUUUCCAGCACUUUGAUUUUUUAUGAAGUGAACUCCUUUAAAAAUUAAGCUUAUACAUGUAUUGUUUAUUAAUAAACAUAUAUUUAGAUUUCUGAUUUUGGGCCCAGUUUUCAAGUUGGUCCAAAUCGGGGUCCAAAAUUAAACUGUGUUUGAUUUCAACAUAAAUUGAAUAAAUAUAGGGUUCUUUGAAAUGCUUACUCUAAACCUGUAUUUCUUUUCAUUAUUAAUAAGAUAAUACCACAUUGAGGUCCAAAGGGUCCUAAAUUAAACUUUUGUUUAAUUUUAUCAAAAAUUGAAUUCUUUGGUUCUUUGAUAUACUGAUUCUUACAAUGUUUGAGUGUUAUUCAAUCAUAUCUUAUUUUAGAGAACUUAGUCAUCACUGGUUGUUGUUAUUAUAUUAUUGAUUAUAAUUUGAAAAUUGCAUCAUAUCUUAUUUUAGAAAAAAUUUAUUCAGUUUGAGUUAUUUCCCUUUGCACAGAAAAUAUUAUGGAUAAAAUUAACCUGUGUUUCAUUUCAACAUAAUUUAAAUAUAUAUAGGGUUCUUUCAAAUGCUGAAUCUAAACCUGUAUUUAAAUAUUAGAUUUUUGGGCCCAGCUUUCAAGUUGGUCCAAAUCAGGGUCCAAAAUUAAACUUUGUUUGAGUCAACGAAAAUUGAAUUUAUGGGGUUCUUUGAAAUGCUGAAUCUAACUAUGUAUUAAGAGAUUUUUCAUUGUAGACUCCUUUAUCAAAUUGGUCCACAUUGAGGUCCAAAGAGUCCUAAAUUAAACUUUUGUCUGAUUUCAUCAAAAAUUGAAUUCUUGGGUUUCUUUGAUAUGCUGAUUCUAAUAUGUACUUAGAUUUUGGAUAUUGGACCAUAAUAGGUAAAUGUCGAAUUUCAAAUAUUUCAGUUCUUUGACCACAUUCAUUUUGUGUCACAAACCUAUGCUGUGUCAAAUAUUCAAUCACAAUCCAAAUUCAGAGCUGUUUUAAGCUUAAAUGUAGUGUCCAUACUUGCUCAACUGUUCAGGGUUCGACCUCUGCAGGAAAAUCCGGUUUGCUGUCACUCUGACAGCCUCUUGUUGUUUGAUUUUAUCAAAAAUUGAAUUCUUGGGGUUCUUUGAUAUGCUGAUUCUAACCAUGUAGUUAGAUUUUGGAUAUUGGACCAUAAUAGGUAAAUGUCCAAUUUCAAUUAUUUAAGUUCUUAAUUAGAUAUAAGAAGAUGUGGUAAGACUACAAUCAUUCUGUGUCAGAAACUAUGCUAUGUCAAAUAUUUAGUUUAAACAAUAUUUAUUCAAAUAAAUCAAUACAUAAUAUAUAAUUCUGAUACAUGAAAUAAAUAAAAAGGAUGUCAAAUAUUUAAUCAGAAUCCAAAUUCAGAGCUGUAUUGCACAAUUAAUAGAAAUUGUAAGUAUAGUCAUAGUUAAAUAGUAAUAGUAAGUUUUAUAGAGUUUUUAAAGACAUUGUAUAAAUGAUGUAUGAUAUGUUGGAAAUUGUUUUCCUUUUUUUUGUAAAUUUUUUGAAGAACUUCCUGGUAGGUUUGUUUGUUAUUCUGUAUAAAUUAAUUUUCAGAAUGCUAUGUAUAUAUAUAUACAAGUCUAAAUUGAAAACAAUGUUCAAACCUAUGAUUGCGUUGGAUAAAAACUGCAAUUUUUAUAUGUGUGCAUGCAAAACAAAUGUCUUGGUAGAGGGGUCUAAAUACAGCACAAACAACAUUUUCCAAAAGACCAAAAAAGUGAAAAAGUAUAUUUUAAUAAAACGCAUUUGACUAGCAAGCCGAACAACGGAUGUUCUUAAACCCUGCUGACUGCCAUUGGCGAUUGCCAAAUAAACGGAUCACUAGAUGUAACAAAAUGGAUCUUACUUAUUAAUUUAAAACAGAAAACAAUAAACUUGUGGAAAAGAUGGAAUAUAUGCCUAAGAAUGUAACUUUAACACACUAAUGAGUGUUAUAAAAUUAGUUGUUAUAUUUUGUAUUAUUCACGCAAUAUUUCACUAAACAAAUUAGCUUCAUCAGGCGCGUGCAGCCAACCAGGUAAAAGUUAGAGGCUGUAAAGAAAUUUUUGCAGCUCAAUGUUAAAUGUCUAGAAAAAUAUUUUUGCGGCUUAUUGUACAUAGCAAUUCUUAAAUCAAAACAAAUAGUUGUUUUAGUUAAAUAGAACGAAGUUCAGGAUUUAUUCCUUUGGUUUUGGGUAGAACUGUUUUUCAUCUCUCUCAUUAAGUCCAUCAGGUUCAAGAGUACGUAGCUGAUGCAUCCAGAACCUUUCUCUCUGUUUUCUCCUUUGGGAGUCCCAAUUUUGUAUUUAUAUAUAUAUACUUUUUUUUUUAAUGAGGUGAACCCCUUUAAAACUUAACUAAUAUUGUCCAUUUAUAAAUGAAUAUCGGGUAAUAGAAAAGCUGACUUUGCGGGAUUUCCAUAUGUUUUCCCUGAGCAUUACUAUAACCUGAGACUACUAUAACACAGUAGUCUCAGCUAUAACAAGUGUGUUUAUCAACCUAGAAAAUAAAAAUUUGAAGUUUUGAAGCCUUACGUAAUAGCUGGUUAACUUUAUAAACAUUAUUUUAUAAAUUAUGAAUUUAAAAUCAAGUCUUUAGAAUGCGAAAACAAACAAAAUAGAGUAAUUCCCAAAUUCAGUUAGACAAGCUUAUUAAUAAGCUUAUAGUUUGUUCACCGUUUCAAGCGUUUAAAAGACGAAGAUUUGAGUCCUUUCCCGCGGGGUUUUCCACUUUCACUUUCGAUUCGACUGGGUAUCAUUCAACAAUUUCUUACUGGAUGAUUGUGGACAUAUUUUUGAAAUGGCAGGAGUUCUUUAAUCAGUGUGUACAUAUGUUUAUGUACAAAGAUUUCAUACACGUCAUUUUCAGUUGAACUCAAAGGUAAAUGGCAUAUAUUUUUAAAGAGCGAAAACAAGGAAGAAAUUUGACGUGUUCCUGUUUUAGAAUGGUCAACCCAAAAUAAAAAAGUGGUAAAAAUAAAUUCAUACAGGAGGCAUUGAUAAAACUUAAGAAAAAAGGAAAAUUCCAUAUUACACCCAAAUGUAAAGGUGUCAUUGAGAUUUUUGUAACUUAUGACUUUUUUGUAAGGUGGGGUGUGACAUAAGGAAUUUUUUUCUAAAGAAAAAAGAAUUCAAACUGACUAGGCCACCCUUAACAAAUGUUUUGUUUGAUCUUGCCUUCUCAUGCCUUGUAGGAUGGUAUCGGGUCGGUUCGCCCUAAUAAAAUGUUCACCCAUAGAGUCAAUUUUCCCUGGGUUUUGUUUGCCCAAAAACAUAAUAAAUAUUUGUGACGAAUAAGUGUAGUAUGGUACUUGAACUAAAGUGUGUAUUCUUGUGGUUGUGUUGUGUUGUUGGGUGUCUAAGUUUCACUCGUACACGGACGACAAAUGCCAAGUAUACUCUUUAACAGGGUUACCCUUGAAAUCUACUGGUAGCGUGAUUAAGGGAAUCCUGGUCACAUAAAUAAAUAAAUGGAUCCUGGUGUAGUCUGAACGAAGUCUUGCAAGUGAACAUAAACACGAAGUCGAAUAAAAGUUCAAUACUGUAUUAUUAAAAUCAUAAGACUAUAACAAAGUUACAAGUAUAACACAAUGUACAUCUAACUUCAGGCUCAACAAUACGGCUCUCCUCUACUAAAUAAACACAACUGUCCUCUCCUCACUAUAAAUUCUCUCUCCCCCCUAUCUCACGCUUUUUCUUUCUUUUAUAUGACUCCUACAAGCACAUAUACAAAUAUAGACUACUAGGGCAACCGAGCUCAGUGUAAUCUGUGCUCCGGAAAUCCGGGUGAUCAGGUAAUCCGGGUACUCCGGUGAUCCGGACUCCUAGUGUUCCGUGCUCCUUACAUAAAUUUACUAGGGCACCAUAUGCAAAUCAUUAGGGCUCACUAGUCAAACAAAGAAAUCUAAAUAUAACUCCUAAUUAAUAUAAUCUCUGAUGAUCUCUAACUGUAUCAAAUGGCUAUGUGUGAAAAUACAGAUGUAUGUAAACCUGAUACAAUCAGAUAACACGCUUGACCUAACAUAUAAAAAUGUUACAUAUUUAUGGUAUUGAUUAAAGCUUGAUAAACUCAUUCAGAUAUUUAUAAAGUAAAAUAUAAACUCAUUCAGAUAUUUAUAAAGUAAAUAUUAAAGAAAAUAUAUAUUUCUCAAAGUCAUGAAAAAACCAUGGAAAUAUUUAAAAGGCACUGGCUAAGAUUAUGUUGAAAAUGUAAUGUUCAAUAACAGAAAAGUUAUUGUCAUGUUGGAUACUACUGUGGAUUCAUUUAUUUUUGUGGGUAUCAAUUUUCGUGGAUUGCUGAAAACUUGCAUAUUCGUGGAUAUUUGAUUUUGUAGUUUUUUCCAAUCUCUGUAUUCAAAGCCUAUUCAAAAUAUGUUAUUCAUUGAACAUUUGAAUUCGUGGUUCCCCUGUACCCACGAAACCCACGAAAAUUAGUAUCCAACGAAUAUUAAUGAAUCCACAGUAAUUGUCGGAAUACUAGGUUGGGUUAGGAACCGAUUAAUUACGAAUGUAACAAUAAUAUUUGUGGUACGUUUACAUUGUUAUUGUUACGUGAAUCAUGAUGCAUUUCAAUAUAUGCUGGGAAAAGUAAUAUAUAUAGUAAUUGUCCCAUAUGUAUGUAAUAUAUUAAAAUACAACUUGAAAAACUUUUAUUUGGUAACAAUCCAAUGAUACAAUAUUGCAUACAGAUUAUAUAAGCAACUACUGCCCAUCCAGUAUGUGCUUUUUGGUGCAUGUUUUAGUCCGACACAUUUUUGGUGGAACCACUCUAGGCAGCCAUCACGAACAAGGGAUGCUGCAAUGUGCACGUCGGUUUUGAAGACAAAACAGUUCCACGUCUGCAAUUACCAUUUUUAUACGGCCGCAAAAAAUUUUGCGGUCGUAUAUUGGUAUGACGUUGUCGUCGUCGUCGUCCGAAGACACAUUGGUUUUCGCACUCUUACUUUUGUUUAAGUGAAUGGAUCUCUAUGAAAUUUUACCAUAAGGUUCAAUACCACAAAAGGAAGGUGGGGAUUGAUUUUGGGGGUUAUGGUACUAACAGUUAAGGAAUUAGGGGCCAAAAGGGGCCAAAAAUAAGCAUUUUUGUAACUUCCAGACAUAACUUGUGUGUAAGUGUAUGGAUCUCUCUGACAUUGUACCACAAGGUUCCAUAUCACAAAGGGAAUGCUGGGAUUGAUUUUGGGGGUAAUUGCCUCCAAAUUUUAGGAAUUAGGGGCCAAAAAGGGGCAAAAAACAAGCAUUUUUCUAGUUUCAUGACAAUAACUUGUUUGUAAGUGUAUGGAUCUUUCUGAAAUUGUACUACAAGGUUCCAUACCACAAAGGGAAGGCUGGGAUUGAUUUUGGGGGUUUUCCCUCAAAAUUUUAGUAAUUAGGGGCCAUAAAAGGGCAAAAAAAACAUGCAUUUUUCUAGUUUCAGGACAAUAACUUGUGUGUAAGUGUAUGGAUCAUUAUGAAAUUGUACUGCAAGGUUCCAUAUCACAAAGGGAAAGCUGGAAUUGAGUUUGGGGGUAAUUGCCCUAAACGUUUAGGAAUUUGGGGCCAAAAAAGGGGCCAAAAAACAAGCAUUUUUCUAGUUUCCAGACAAUAACUUGUGUUCAAGUGUAUGAAUCUCUCUGAAAUUGUACUGCAAGGUACCAUACCACAAAGGGAAAGCUGGGAUUGAGUUUGGGGGUGAUGAAUCAUAAGGGGGUUCAAAAAAUUGGGGGGGGGGAUUUUUUUUUUCCUUUUUUUUCUUUAACAUUUUCCAUUUUAAAUUGGUAUAUUUCUGAUUUAUAUAUAAAAGCAAAUAAUAAUGAUAUGGUUUGAAUAGGCAUACAUGUGAACCUCCCGACGGGAGUACAAUAAUCCCGUUUUCAGGGGUCUCCUCCCGACCUCCCGUUGAAGAGGAAAAAAUCCUGUGUAUGAAAUUUUUCAUGAAUGAAAAAUUUCUGCCCAACAUAUCAUCUCAGGCAUCUGGUGUAACUGACAUUACCUGAAGUUAUAUUUUACCUGUAAAUCAAUUAACAUGCAUAAUUAUAUGGCUUCACUUGUCAGCUUGGGUGUCAAACAUACUGGUAAUCAACGAUUUUUACCUCAGGCUAAUUGCCGUUGUGUAACAAAAACUGUGUAUUUAUUGGGUUACUUCCCUUGAUUUAUCCUGUUUUAAGUUACUUUCCUUUUAAUAAUGAAAAUUUUUAAAAGAAUAUAAAUAAAAUAUAAAUUGAACAAAUAAUCAUAAAAGGAUGGAUAUUAAAUGAUUUUAAAUGUCUUAGGACAAAUAAAAAAAUAAUAAUUUGAAAAUUAUUUGAGGAUUCUAUACUUCCUUUCAAGGCUUAAAUUGAAAUUUAUAUAAUAACUAUGACCCUAAUUUUACAGAUAGAAUGAUUUUCUGAGUUUGCAAAUAAAAACUAUUUGCAAGAGAAAAAAAAAAAAAAAUAAAAACUA